UCCAUCCUUGCCUAGGUAUGUAUCGUCCAUCGAUCGAUAACAAAUGGACAUACACCCGGCCUAACAUCGCAAUAUGUAUAUAGUGCGGAAUAUCAUCAUCUUCGCUUCCUCCUCCACCAACACCUUCCCGUCUACGUCUACGCCUGCGUCUCCCUCGUCGAUCGUUGCGCCCACAGCUGCCGCAGUGUCAGCGUAGGUGACCCGCUGCUGUACUUAUUCAUACGGGAGCCCGUCUUGUCUCACUCAGACCCGUCGAUCUGCCUACCUACCUAUCCGUCGCCAUUAUACGUCAAGGCCCGCCAAUAACCUCCCUCACUGUCCUAUACUCUCAUGCCCAUAUUAUAUCAAAUGUGUCCGUCUGCCAGCGUAUCACUACCGCACCCGCUAUACUAUUGUGGCCCAAUAUUGGCAACGCCAAUGCUCGUGGCCCAUUCACAGACGCAGCAGUAAUUUUCUGCCACUGAACGAAUAUUGCCGGACUUUUGUCGAUUCCUCCCCCCCUCUCCGACCCGUCCACUCAGUAAUGACAACGGCGCUCCUUCUCUCGAAGGGCCUUUCUUCGCCAGACUACUAGCAUCUCACCUCCGCUCAAGGUCUCGCCCUAUUCGUUUGCUCUGUCUUUCUUCCGCCGUCGCCGCCUUCAUUCUGCCUGGUCCUCGCGUGCAAAGAUGGCGAGCUCGACGAGAGCCAACCCUAACGAGCCCACCACUGCUACUGCUGCUCCUCCUCCUCCUCCUCCUCCUACCAAUAUCCCGCCUCCGCGUCAGCAACAUCCCCAGUCGCAGCCACACUCGCAUUCGCAGCCACAUCCCCAGUCCCAGUCCCAGUCCCAGUCGCAACCGCAACCGCAACCACAACCACAACCGCAACCCCAGUCCCAAUCCCAGUCUCAGUCACAACCACGGCCCCGGUCGCGAUCGCAGCCGUCCGAGGCGAACGGUGGGGCGUUCUACGGGUAUCUCAUCAAGAAUGACAAAUCACCAACCGACGUCCUUGACGCCUUAUUACGUGCCAUUGCGCUCUACAUUUCUGCCCAUAUUGGCGAUGUGAAUGCCCCUGAGUUGGGCCCGAAGAAGCUAGCAGCUUUCUAUCGCGUAGUCGGCGGCGACUAUGACGCCCUCUUCCUAAAAACACCCUAUAGGAUCUUAUCUCGCAUCUGGCAAACCUUGGGGGUCCAACAUACAUUGCAACCCACCGAGGACGAGUUCGAAGAACCUUGUAUCCCAGCCAUGACAAUAAGGGGAUUCGUCCGGUGGGAGACGCUUCAGAUCCUGCUGGAACCCCAAGAGCAUGUACCCUUUAUUCAGUUUGCUGUGCGCAACUGGGCGUUGAAACAUCCCACCACCGGGAAACCCUUCCCGACGGACUUGCCCACAGAGGCAUUCCCGGCCGAGUGCGAUCCCGAAAUCGACGCCUGGCACAAGGAAUGCUCGCAGAAGCUGCAUCGAGCUGCGACUCCAAACGAGGACCAGGAGCAUUCCCCUAAGCAACGUCCCUCCAACCCCUGGCCCCACCCAGCCGAUCACGCCCACAGCUCUCACGGCACCGGUAUUCCCCCACAGCCAAGGCCAGGGACCGAUCGUUUACAACGAGAACGGCCAGUCUCGUAUUCCCACGUGCCAAGAAGUAACUACCCCGGAGCCCAUUUCUCCUCCCACGUUCCCCCCGGACACCGCCGGGUGAGCAGCAUCCAUGGUGACAGUACCGGCAGUAGCAGCGGCGGUAGCCCACCCCGGAGACGGAGCCACUCGGACGUGCGGUUUGCAGGGAUGGAAGAUGUACGAAUGCCGAGCGAGCACCUCGAUCCUCGCCACCCGCCCGGCCCUCGUCGACACAGCCAGGCGAGGCCGUACUCAAGGUCCUCUUCAGAUUCCUCGCCCGAGAUACCACCUCGCCAGACUUCCCAUCCCCGUGCGCGUGGUCCUGUUCCGUCCGCGUCGUCCGUGCGACGUAUGCCGGCGGUAAUCCCCGACCCAGUGACGAUUCCUGUCCGAUCCCACCGCAGCGAGUUACGGCCCGACAACCUUCGCAGACGAAGCCUGCCGGCAGAAAUCAAACAGAGGUUCACUUCCCUCCUCUCAGGCUCGGGUGAUAGGCACCGCAGCAGUUCCCGCGAGAGACAUCACGGAUCGAGCGAAAAGCCGAACGUGCACUUCCGCAGACACAACCCUCCUUCGCACCUCAGCCGGAGUGGGUCCGGGGAAUCGUAUCCUAGCGACGAGUCGGAUUCGGGGAUGUUGCCGAGACAUCCGCCGCGACACGAUCACCAGCGUCAAGCAAUGCGUGACCGAGACGUAGAAAGAGCACGCCAGAGGGAGCGUGAGCGCCACGAAGAGCGGGAGAGGCCAAGCCGACAGGAGGGCGCGUAUCUGCGGCCGUCGAUGAGUCGGAGGUCAAGCAGCCAUGCUGACAUCGACCGAAAUCCGAGAGAGUAUGUGUGGGAUCGCAGGGAGAGGGGCCGAGAUGUCGACUUGGAUCGAGAUGGGAGGAGAAUUAUGACGGCCGACGAACGAGAGCUGCGGGACCGGAGGCGAUUCCAGGAUCGGGGCCGCAGCCCCAUCAUGACCGGCGUUAGCGGAAGACGUUACCCCGGCUAGAAGCGCUAAGCGACUACGAAUGUAUACGUACAAGAACGAUUGCGAAGAUGUUGCGUGACUCGGAGUUUGUGGUGGGCAGGUUUUGUUUUCUUCCUUCUUGCCGACAUGAACAGCAGGAAGAGGCCACGACAACGGACAGGAUAGAACGGUCUGGUUGGGACGGAAUUCGUUUUGGAUAGUUCUUAGGACUCUUGUAGGAUUACUUGCUGCGUUCCUAUCUACCUUGCAUGAGCUAUAAAUGCAGGGGCGGUGAAUGGAGAUUCUACGCGUCUUAAUUCGAGCUUCAUUUGGCUUGAGAAACCGCUGGAGUAUAGAAGCUAUCCAACACUCUGAAUUGAAGGUUAUAUAUGGUAUCGUAUGUAGUCUACACACUUGAGGCAACUCACGCAGGUAUUCCUGCGGUGGAAUCGUCUUGCUUAACAUACAAAAUCUUGAAGUCCUAGGACAUAUUCCCCAC